UUUUUUUUUUUUUAAAAUAAUUUUUACGUAAGCAGCAAACGGCUUACUUCCUGGGUGACUACGUUCCGAAGAAGAAGAGGAAGGAGAGAAGAAGAAGAAGGGAAAAAAAUUUACAAAUAAAUAAAUAACUAAAUAAAGCGGUGAAGGUGGAGCGUCGUGCGUCGUACGUCGUGACGCAGUGGGAUUUUUACGCGUGGUCGGCGUUUGGCCCUGCCCUUCCCGCCGUGACGGCGAUGGGUCGGAAGCGGUGUGUUGGUGCAGAUUGUUCGAAGAUGGCGGCCGGCUGCUGCGGGGUGAAGAAGCAGAAGUUGUCGGGAUCCCCAGGAUCAGGGGGUCCAGGCGGGGCGGGCGGCGGGGCAGCCGGGACCGGGCACUGCGGAUCGGACUUGGGGAUAGGGUCUUCGACGUCGAUGGUCGUGGCCGGAAGCGUGAAUCGAGUGAACGGCCUCGGGGGUCCGGGGGGCAGCGGGAGCUGUAGUGGUAGUAGUAGUAAUAAUAGCGGCGGCGGCGGUAGUGGAGGUGGAUGUGGUGGUAGCGGCGGCGGCGGUAGCAGCAACAGCAACAACACAACCACCGCUCUGUCUCCAACUCCAGGAGGCUACAACUCCAGCACCGGCCUCUCGCCGAACCUCAGUCCGGGACCGGGCUCAGCCAGGAAGAUGGUGGUCUCGGCGGAGAUGUGUUGCUUCUGUUUCGACGUGCUUUAUUGCCAUCUUUACGGAUACCAGCCUCCCCGAACACCCAGGUUUACAAACGACCCCUACCCACUGUUUGUCACGUGGAAGAUCGGCCGGGACAAGCGGUUGAGGGGUUGUAUAGGUACAUUUUCUGCCAUGAACCUGCACUCAGGACUCAGGGAGUACACCCUUACCAGUGCCCUUAAAGACAGCCGCUUUCCCCCGAUGACGAGGGAAGAGCUGCCGCGCCUCUUCUGCUCAGUGUCUCUGCUCACCAACUUUGAGGAUGUUGGUGAUUAUCUAGACUGGGAGGUGGGUGUUCACGGCAUUAGGAUAGAAUUUUUCAAUGAAAAAGGAUCAAAGCGCACCGCCACCUAUCUGCCGGAGGUUGCAAAGGAGCAAGGAUGGGACCACAUUCAAACCAUAGAUUCCUUACUUCGAAAGGGAGGCUACAAAGCUCCCAUCACAAACGACUUCAGGAAGACCAUCAAACUGACCAGGUACCGUAGCGAAAAGUUGACGAUGAGCUACGCGGAGUACAUCGGCCAUCGCCAGCACCACCACUACCAGAACGGCAUCGGGCACCCUCUCCCCCCGUACAACCAUUAUUCCUGACAGCGAGCCGCAUGACCAGUCACUGGACCUCUCCGCGGACCUCUUCCCCGGAGAGCCCGCCCCCUCGUGGUCUAGCUAUCUCUACUACUGUACCAUUUUAUGAUGAUAGUUUCCGUUGCCAUGCCAGCACUCUGUUUAAGAUGGCGGCAUGGCAGCGGGGGGCAAAGAAGCAUCACGAUUAUGACGUGGAAAAAAAUGUAAAAACGACUCAUUUAUUUUCUCCUUUUUAUCCUUUCUAUUAAUUGAUUUUUUUUUUUUUGCAGCAUAUAUAUGAAAGUAUAUAUCUCGACGUAUAACCCCUUUUUUCCUGUUUAAAAAAAAAAAAAGAAAAAAAGAAGCAAAUAAACAAGUACUGCUUUUCUUUUUUUGCUAAAAAGAAAAAAUCUUUCCAACAAUCCGAAUCAGGUUUUUUGAGUCUGUGGAUGGAAAUAAGUCAUAUUAGGGAGGGGCUCGUCGUGCAGAUCGGCGGAUGAUGUACGCUAAGCUUUAGUUCGUGUAAAGGCUACACGACGUUAACCGGGUCACGAUCAAGCGAUCACGCCGUCACGUUUCACGUAUUAGCAGAAAAAUGGUGAGACGGCGAAACGUUUUCCGCGUCGUCACGGAUCGAAAGGCCGGAGGAGUAGCGGCUGAUCGUUUAAGCUGAAGUUUACCUUCUCGAUCGGUUUGCGAGGAAACCUUUCUGAUCGGACGGCUUCCAAAUUCCGCGUGAAUUUACGGAGUUUGAAUCUCCGAUUUCUUUCAGUUCCGCGCCGACGUUUCACCGCGUUUUCCGUGUCGAAGAAAGCGCUCCGAAACAAACCGGCUUUUUUUUUCGGCUCCGCCGUGAGCGUUUCCUUUUAUGGAGAUUUGUGGGUGUGGCCAAAUCUCAACAGUGCUUAGUUGAUUCACGGCCGUUUUUAUCGACACGCGAAGGAAAUCUGGGUUUUUAGUCGGGUUUAGUUGGCCACGAAAAUAAAUAACUCUCAAACAUGCGUUGUUUCGUUUAUGCUCCGUUAACGUGUCCUGGCGUGGUCGUGAUGCCGUAACCGGCGUAAAAGUGUUUUUCGUUUUUAUUUUAUUUUUUAAAAAUCAUUUCUUAUUGGUUUUUAUGUGCACCACGUAGCCACCAGAAAGGCUUGUGGGUUGUUUUUCCUUUCUUUCUUUCUUUCUUUCUUUCUUUCUUUCUUUCUUUCUUUCUUUCUUUCUUCUCUGUGCGAUUCUUUUUCCAAUCUAAAAUAUUCGUGAGUGACUUGAAAUCGUAAAUAAUAUCGUGAGGGUUUUCGGGUUGUUUUUCUUCUUUUUUUCCCCGUGUGGUGUUAGAUGUGCGUCGAUGUUCGAAGAAACUCGUCAGAAGAAGCCGCUAGACUAAAUUACUUAUCGGAAAAGUCAAAAUAUUCUUUUUUUUUUUUUCUUUUUCUUUUCUUUUCUUUUUUUCCUCUUUGUUUUUCUCCUCUUCAGCACCAGAGGGUCACGCGUCGCUUUAACGGUGUUUCGGCGACGUGACGUUUGUUUAUCCGACCCGCCUCUGAUGAACUGUUCUGAUCCGAAACGGACUUCAUGCUGCAGGGUUUCGGUAUAGAAGCUUCUCAAACUUUACAAACGGUCUCGUUUCUCAGUGAGGGACCAGCCAGGAGGAAAUCAUGAAGAACUGUGAUGAUGAGGAUGACGAUGGGGUGUCCUCAAUAUUUAUUAGCCAAUCCAGCAAAAAACAAACAAAACCCGUCAUCUUUGAGGAGAACAGGAUUCGGUUGUCCUCCUACGGGACGCCGCCGCUGUGGUUUUUCUUUAUUUUCUUUAUCGGACGGAGAGGGGGGGGGUAUCUUUAGAGAUUAAGCUCAAAUGACGGGACGAGCGUGAAGGAAAAAAACAAAACCUAAAAGCCAUACUCUUCUUAAGGCAUUGCGUAAUUGUCAGGGGGUAGUUUUGUUUUUCCCGAACUGGGAAUUUGUUUACUGGAAGUUUUCAGUCGCUAACGCUUUUAACCGCGAGCGUUUUUACGAUCUGAUCCAGUGUUCGUGGAACCGUAACCUCUUCUCAAGAUCUUACCUCAUACUUUCAGAUAUUAACUCCAAUCCAUCAUCACCACCAAUAUAACUCCACCGUCACCACCGCCGUCACCACCACCGUCACCACCACCACACGAACACGAUCAGUGCACCUCAUGAUGCUUGGCACAAGCAAUGUUUACAUCCACGUCCAAACGCCACAAAAUCCCACGCCGGUUGCCAUGACGCAUCGGAUUGUUUGUGAAUCCUCAUGUCGAGCACAGGUGGCCAACCAUCCUGAAAACUCGUCCGUUAACCCGUACGGCAUGGUGUGGCGACCGUAUCCCCUCUCUCUCUCUCUCUCUCUCUCUCUCUCUCUCUCUCUCUCUCUCUCUCUCUCUCUCUCUCUCUCUCUCUCUCUCUGUCUCUCUCUCUCUCUGUCUCUCUCUCUCUCUCUCUCUCUCUGUCUCUCUGUCUGUGUCUCUCUCUCUCUCUCUCUCUCUCUCUCUCUCUCUCUCUGUCUCUCUCUCUCUCUGUCUCUCUCUCUCUCUGUCUCUCUCUCUCUCUCUCUCUUUGUCUCUCUCUCUGUGUCUCUCUCUGUCUCUCUCAUGGUUUUUGUCAGGUAUGAAUCGUCUCUCCUGCCUCCUCUUUACGGCGGAUGAAGCUUUUCGCUGAGGUCUUUCACAAACGCGUUGGAAACGUAAGCUCUCUUUAUUUUCCGUAAAUAAAAGCAGUGUGUGGUGUUUUUCAGGCUUUCUGUUUCAGCAGGUCUAGUUCCUCUCCAAACAAAACGACAAAACGAACCGAAAGCCUCGUGUUCUCCGUCGCGGCGUCGCAGGACCGAGCGCGCGAGAUUUCAGAACGUUUCAGUUGUUAAAAGCGGAGACUUUUAUUCUUUUUUUUUUCCCCCCGCAGGAGGACUCUCUUCCUCUCUUUCCUUUCAUAUGCAAAAACAAACCAGUGUUAAGGGCUUUCGGUGUUCCAUCCACAGUCGUCUCCAGCUCCAUCAGAAGUUAAAAUCUAAACGGAACUCUGGUUUCAGUUGUGUUGCCUUCUACACCGGGUCGGUGAGAUCGCCCCGGUCGUUCGGCUGCUGUCCUCUACGCCACGGUGACGUUUCAUCUCCAGCAAAAAACAAACACACCUUUCGUUUCAUCGGAUUUUGUCCGUCUCGUGUCGGGUUCUCCGUUUUUACUUUUCGAAACGCUUUACGAACGUGUCCGUGAAGGUCUCGCGCACGGCCGAGCGAUCCGGCGGCCAUUUUGAGAUCCGCACUCGAGUACAGCACAAACUGGAUUUUAUUCAUUUUUCUCUUCUGCUGCAUUACAGAGUACAGAGUUGUUUUUUGUUUUUUUGCGUACAUGAAUGAAGGUAUUUAUGCACAUCUGCAAUACAUUUGUUGUGUGUACGUUACAGAAGACCUGUUGAAUGAACCGAGAGAGAAAACAGACAAUAUAAAAUGGUGCUACUGGACCUCAUUUUUUCUGGGGGGGUUAAAGGUCACAGUUCAAAUGUGACUGGUCAUGCGGACUCAUCAGUCAUAUCAGACUUAUUCUUAUCCUCGAUAUAUGCAGAUCUGUUUUACAGGUGUUGUUGUUUAUUGUUGUUUUUUUGUUUUGUUGUUGUUCUUACCCGUGUAACAAACUGAAAUUUCCUGCAGGUUUGAAAGGACAAGGAGUCACGAGUCUAACCCCAUCCUUCCCUCAUGGCCUCGGGGGGAGUACACGGUCAUUCCCGUCUCUCAUCCGUCACAUCUGUCGUGCCGUAGACACGUGGCCACGGCAGCAGUCAACACACACACACGCACGCGCGCGCGCGCACACACACACACGUGCAGACACGUGAUUAUUAGUUAAAGGCCGAUCCGAAAAGCCUUUGACGUCCGUUAUGAAGUGUUCCAGCUUGAACUUGCGUUCGGUUAAACAACAACAACAACAACAGAAUCUAUCAAUCUCUUGCGUUCUUCACGUUAAACCUUCGUCCAAGAGGGAAAUUUCGGUUUCGUCAACAUUAAAUCGUUACGCUGCUUUUGCUACAGUACUGUCAGGCCGCGGGAGCGCGCGGGGGAACGCUCGCGGGAACGCGCGGGGGAGCGCGCGGGGGAACCGUGGAGUACUUGAAGGCAUCGCGGUCGCACGAGAAGUCGUCCGAUUCAAAUCGUCGCACUUUGGAGAUCUGAUCUAAACGCCACGUGGGGCAGUCGUGAUUUGGUCGCAGAGCCAAAAUAUAAACCCUCGUGGAAACACGUGAAACACGUUUGAGGCCGAUGACCGUCACGCCGCUGAAAGUUUUCGUGUCCCGAGAGAAACCCGUUCCGUCGUCUGUCACGGAGCGGCCCGUGCGAUGUUUCUCGCAGGAAGCCGAUCUCCCGUUCCUCAUCGUGUUGUUGUUGUUGUUAUUGUUAUUAUUAUUAUUAUUAUUGUUAUUAUUAUUAUUAUUAUUAUUAUUAUUUUUCUCCGCGGUCAGAGCGUGAAGGCUCACGUAAACUUUGUGUGUUCGAUCGAACCAAAGAUGCCUCCAGCCAUGUCCUAAUGCUGCUCUCAGACCUGCCUUCCUGUCCUUCCAAAACACAAAAAUAUACAUCCUGCAAGAAAAAUCCUGUUCUGUGUUUUUUAUUUUUUAAAUCUUUUGUUUUGUACAAUUUCUAACAUUUUUGUUAAUUUUUUGUUUAUCAUUAUUAUUUCCCCCUGCGACCCGAGCAGUGCGCGUCCUCGCCGUCUCGCGCGGCGCGGACCACGUGACGCCGGGCUGCACCUUCGUUUCAUUUUUCUGUUCGUUAUUGUUACUAUUAUCAUAUAUAUAUAUAUAUAUAUAUAUAUUUUUUUUUU